AAUACCUAAGAAAUAUAAACUCUCACAGAUUGUACCAAAAUGUGCCAAAUUGCACAACACCUGGCUAUGUCUUCACUAAAACCUCUGUAACUUGCUCUGUUUUACUUUAGCAGCAUCAAUCUUUGCAAAGACAAUGUCCAUAUGUUGAUUCAUGGUUUUGUAGAGUUUACUGUCCACUGCAACAUAUUUUGAAAGGGGUUAUAUGCUAUAAAAUUGUUACCAUGAUUAAUUCAAUAGUAUCCAAGAGAGUGUAGUGAGCACAGAACCCACAAGAGGACAACGAUGCCCUCAGGCCAGCCUCAUAAAGUCCAUUUAUAAUUGGUCAGAGACAUUCACACAAGUGGCCUCCUGGAGGUCCUUGCAUAAAGGAACUGAUAUCGGUCCUGCUGUUGGGUUAAGGACCUGCAGGCAUACUGAGAUAGCUUUUGCGCAGGUAAUUAGACCAUAUAUACACACAUAUCUAUAUACAUAUACACAUAUAGUCUGUGUGUGUUCAUACCAAAUAUUGACUUUUAAGCUACUUAGAUUUGUACAAGUUCUGUUUUUGCCUUAUACUGUAUUUACCUUUAUGUUUUUAGAUGUUUGAGUAAAUGACUACAGCAAUUUUUCCACUUUAUAAAGACUGACUAUUAAUGGUUUAGUAUAACUGUUUAUAAAGCUUGAAGUUCUGAAUGAUGAAUAUUUUUAAGAUUUCCCUUGAGUGCCCCAGAUUAUGACUGCUCACCAUGGUGUUUCCCUGUUUGAUGACGCCAUCUUGUGUCUAAGCAGAGGUGGUAUACAUGGUGGUAAGCACAUCUCUGUGGGAGGACUGCAGUUCCGUGUAGCGUUUUAAAGCAGUUUACGUGAAAGCUCUGUGGAGUUAACUGUUGUGGUGACCCAACUUUUAAAGCCAGACUCUUUGCCAGACUCCCCAGCUCAGAGGUUUCCUGCUAACAGAAAGUGGUUCACGUAAUUUAACAAAUAAAGUGAAUUCAGGAUGGACAGGAAGCAAUGUUGUGUGAAGCUGUCGGUUCAGCCAUCCAGAGGGCUCAUGGAUGAGAAAUUCAUUGUCCUCGUCCAGAAUGCCCUGCCUGGUUCCCAACUAACCAUCCGUGCCUUGCACCAGUGUGAAGAUGGACACAGCUGGGAAGCGUUUGGUCACUACACUGCCGAUACCACAGGGACCAUCAAUGUUUCAGAGGAUCCCAGUAUACGUGGGACAUAUUCCGGAGUCGAACAGAUGGGUCUACUGUGGAGCCUCAGACCAAUUCCAGGCAGCAAACCUGGGCUGAGGAUGCGAAAGAAAAACAUCCAGACUCCCAUGGAGGUCACAAUUUCGGUUUACCAGGGUCACCAGACAGAGGGCUUCGCAGAUCUGGUGCCACUCUCUGGUGUGGUGGUGGAGCGCUGGUAUAUGGCACCUGGUGUGCGCAGGAUUCCAGUUACAGAAGGUGGACUCACCGCAGCCCUUUUUUUGCCCUUGGGACCUGGACCUUUUCCUGGCCUCCUGGAUCGAUAUGGGCUUGGAGGGCAGUUGGUGGAGUACCGUGCAGCACUCUUGGCCUCCCAUGGCUUCGCUAGUAUGGCCAUCGACUACGUGAAUUCUAAAUUCACCAUAGAAACUGGAAAGAUGGUGGACAACCAGUAUUUUGAGACAGCCUACAGAGUCCUGCAGCAACAUCCUCAGGUCUGCAAGAGCAGGAUAGCCAUGAUAGGUUUUUCCUUUGGCACCAGUAUCACCCUCAAGAUGGCUAUUUACUCUGAAAUUAUAAAACUCAGUGCUGUAGUGUGCAUCAGUGGGACUCAUGUGCAGCCAGUUGAUGGAUCCGUGGAGGAAAUACUGAGGUUCCCUUACAAAAAUGCUGGGAAGACUCGCUUCAGUGAAAAAGACGAGAAGAUCUGGCGAGAUCAGUUGUUGCCCAUCCCCACCGACCCUUCACUCAAAGCCGAUGUGGGACGACUACAGUGUCCUCUGUUGCUGCUUGUAGGUGAGGAUGAUCAGAGCUGUCCAGCCCAAGAGUCAGCACUCGAUAUUAAGGAAAUGAUGGCACAAGCGGGGAACAGUCAUCUGCUCACUGUCCUGUCGUACCCAAACGCAGGUCACCUGAUCGAGCCUCCUUACACACCACAUACCAGAUCUAGCAAUUUCAGGACAACUGGAAUGCCUGAAAAAGUGAUGUGUCUGUGGGGUGGACAAACGGUGGAACAUUCUCGAGCUCAGGAGGACGCCUGGAAAAAGAUCCUGGUUUUUCUCAGGGAGAAUCUGUAUGGUGGCAGAAACCCUACCUCAUUUUCUCACCUGUAAUCAAAAUGACAACAUGAUUGAGUUCCAAAGUGAAUCCAAGGUGAAAAUAUUUGUCUAAGACAUAGUUAGGUGAGGCGACAAUGGAAGCUCUCUCUGGCAAUCACUAUGCAAUGCAUUGCUAUAAAGAUAUUGAUUAUGGCCUUUGGAUUACUAAUGAAAAAUUGUUAUCUUUUUAAUAGAAAUAGCCAACAGGUGUAAUGGCUUUUGCAGUAGGAAGCUUUCUGCCACUUAAUGUGGUCAUUCAAUCAGAAACCACUUUUACAGAAAGACAAGCAGAGACAAUUGUUUCCCAACCAAAUACUCACAAAAAACCCCAUCUUCUUGCACUAUACCCAUUUAACAGGAUAAAUUGGAUCAGGUUAAACCAUACCAUUUGUGCUGCCCAUCUGUACUCCUUCCUGACUGAAGAACUGUAAAAUGUCUUUACUACUAUAAUUAAAUAAAUAUCUAUUAUAUUACCAAAAAUUAUUUACUGUUAACUGAAAAUGGCAAGUGGUGAAGGAAUUUUUUUUAAACCAUUCCUUUAGGAAAAGAAGCAAUAAAAUACUGAAAACACAUCAAUACACAUAAAACUUUAUUAUUGGAAAAUUGUGCAUAAAGUAUCAAAACUAUAAAUAACUAUUUCGCAUCAGUGUUAAAUUGAUUAAUAUUAUUGCUGCAUGUGUUUUAGAUGUUUAAGUUUAAUGUCCAGCAUCAAAUUUAGAAACACAGACCUACAUCUUUAGUUUUUAGAAAGUGUAUUAAAAUUUUUACAUUAUUAAUAAAAAAAACCCAGCUGAAUUAAAAGGCAUGAUCAGCGUGUGAUAUGUUUAACUGUCAAUAUCUACAGAGAGAAUUAAAAUAUGAAUGAAUCAAUGUGGAGUGUAAAAGUUUUUUUUGUUUCCAUGUCCCUUCGAGGCUUCAAACAUCCAACCAAUUUCAGUCUAAACAGUAACACAUGAAAGACAAUCCUAUUCAUGUAUUAAUCACCAGAGGAUGUAGCAAAAAAAGAGAAAGAAGUGAAACAGUGUGCCAUAGUUAAGGGUCAAAGUAGGCUGGUGUCUUUUUUUGUUUUUUUUGUUUUAUGUUUUGGCACAACACCAGAAUAAGUGGAGAUGUUUACCAUUUGUGGUUGCUGUACUUCAGCAUCUAGAUAGCACUACAAAAGAGAAGUGAGAGAAGCAUAAAAAAGUAAUGUUUUUUAAGUAGCAGGUAUUUUCAAAUGUGGUGUUUCUAUCAUGCAAACUGCGUGCAAUUUGUUGCACUGCAUCUGCUAGCUAAAGAUACAGCUGCUGUUUUUAACAGGUAGAGAAAAGAAAGAGAGCUAACUUUACUUAGAGAUGGAGAAAGAUAAGAAAGAAAGGAAAGUAGAGGAAGAAGAGAGGUUAGUUUUAAAGGUAAGGACUGCUCAGUGGGAUUUCAUAAACUGGAGAAUUAAAGCUUACACGCAAGUCCUCAUGUGUCAUGUGAGGCUGUGGCAGGCAGGAGGUGGACCCAAAUGCAGGACUCAGACAAAAAGAUGAACUUAAGGCGGCAGCUUUAUUGCUGGGGAAAAUGUCCAAAAUAUAACCACAAAAAAACAAACUAAAAUCCUCAACUUGAAAACUAGUAAAAGAACACUGGGAAACUUGGACUAAAACUCAAGGAAACUAGAAACGUGGAACACAGAGAGACCUACACACAUGAGGCGGUAACACGUCACAGAGCAAGGAAAACACAGGGCUUAAAUAAACACUGGAGCAAUCAGGGAAUGGGAGACAGGAGGGAAACACAGCUGGGAGAAAUCAGAGCUAACGACACAAGGGGAAGGAAAACCUGACACACUGCACACAGGACAAGGACUAUCAAAAUAAAACAGGAAGCACACAACAGUCACAAAAACACAGACUAGACACUGAACAUAGAGACCUGGCUGACAGGGGAGACAGAGGGAACAAGCAGACAAGACAUGACACGAUGAGGAAGAUGAGAAAGGCAAAAA